UUGGCAUGCGUCACUGCCCUGUUGACAUGCUUUUUUUCACUUUCAGUGACAUUUGCUUUUUCAUUCAAUUGAAUAAAAAAAGAAUAUAAUUAUCAAUAAUUGAUACAGACGCUGCGUUUUAUUGUUGUUACUUAAAAUUGCAUAAUGAAUAAUUUGUAAUAACGAACGGAGACUUUACUUCGAGUCUUGCGCGUGCAACGAUGAAAAGAGGUUUUUAUGCGACUUCAUGUCCAAGCAUUUGGGGGAAAAGAUUAAAAUCUGAAGUUCGUCUCAUUCACACAGAUCGGGUGUAAAAUAUUUUAGAAGUAUAUUUCAUAUUUAGGAAAAUAAUAUAGUGAGAUGAGACAGAUAUCAGUUUCUGUUUGUGCAUUGGAUGUCUUGUGAACAUUUAAACUGGAAUUUAUAUCAUUUGUUUGAAUGUGAUUUUUGCAACAUGUUGACACAUAGAUUUUAUGCACUGGAUAUACUUAUAUUCCUGACAUGAGGCGUUUUUGGAUCAUUAUACCAAUUUUGGUGAUAGCUUAUAAUGUCACUGCGGAGUGGUCAGAGUGGGGGAAAUACGGCGACUGUUCGAGACCCUGUGGCGGAGGAAUUGCCAACAAGACCAGAACUUGUUUAGGGGCUUCACAUACCUGCACUGGCACACAUAUACGUUACAAAGUCUGCAAUACUUUGGGUUGUGGAAGCGAGGGCCUCUUUAUCAGGGACAAACAAUGUCAGACGUUUAACAACGUAUCAAUUAAAGAUAAUUACUUCCAUUGGGUACCGUACCAUAGUUCGGCAGAACCAUGCGCCCUCUAUUGCCGAACUGUAGAAACAGGCUUCAUUUUGAAAAUGCAGACACAGGCAUGGAACGGCACUGCUUGUGGAACGAAUGGAGGAGGGGUUUGCAUAGGAGGUCGUUGUAAGAAAGUCGGUUGUGACGAUAUUGUUGGCUCGAAAAGAAAACUAGACCCAUGCGGAGUAUGUGGUGGUGAUGGGACGUCAUGUGACACAGCACGUGACCAUAACAGACGACAUAACGAGGCUGACGUCAUACGAUUCCACUGGGAUAUAGGAUGGAGUAUGUGCUCCAAGACGUGUGGGAAAGGAUUACAAGUUCCGUUUGAAGUGUGUAAAGAUUCAGACACGGGGCUAGAAGUCGCUUCCACGUUCUGUUCAAGUCUGGAUAAACCACCACUUCCAAAGACCAGGGAAUGUGAGGAAAGUUCUUCCUGUAUAUAUAGGUGGCACACCUCAAAAUGGGGCUCUUGUAGUCGCACGUGUGGGGAUGGUUUCAAGUAUCGCCGUGUGGUUUGCCUUAAACAUCAUAACUCCAGCACAGAGCACGCGCCAGACCGGAAGUGCAGGGAUGUGAGACCGAAAGGAAAAGCGCCGUGUUACCUCGGAGAUUGUCCCGAAUGGUUGACCGGACCCUGGUCUCAUUGUUCAGUGUCAUGCGGAUACGGCCAACAGAAACGCAAAGUUGUCUGCCGGGCAUCGUCGUCAGAUUUGUGUAUUACUGAACACAAACCUGCAGCAGUUCAGAAAUGUUACGCCGGCAAGUCUUGCGAUCCAGGAAGUUUCCAGCAAGACGAUUCUUCUGUGACUGAGCACGAUUUCUUUGAUGAUGCCAGACUCCAAGAUUUGUUCGUGUUGCCGAGAUUCGAGGUGUCUACGUGGGGUCCGUGUUCGGUGACGUGUGGCGUCGGUUACAGGCAUAGGAAUGUCACGUGCAAAAAGGACGGACAGGUCGUGCCACUAUCUGAAUGUGAAGGAAUUGAGCCUCACAGUAAACGCGAGUGCCACCAAGGCAAGUGUCCACUGACAACUUCCGGCGACGCAGCGUUCGUCUGGCGGCACAGAAAAUUCAAACCUUGCAGCCAAACGUGUGGACGUGGAGUACAGUCUAGUAUACUGGAGUGUGUUGAUGUGAUCAGCGAUCGAACUGUUGUUGACUUCCUGUGUGAAAGUUUGAUUAAACCAGGUCCGAUAACUCAAUAUUGCAACAAUUUUGAUUGCCCUCCUGCAUGGCGUGUUAGCGAGUAUGGCGCAUGUUCAGUGCCCUGCGGUGGCGGCAGACAGUCACGAAAUAUUGAAUGUGUGCAGACGACUUCCGAUGGUGACAUGGAAACACUUCCAUUGUACAGAUGUCCUGACCCAGUUCCACUGUCAGAAAGAUCAUGCAAUCUGAAAUUUUGUCAAGCAGAGUGGAACACGGGAGCUUGGGCAGAAUGUUCAGUUACUUGCGGUAUGGGAUUUGAGUCUCGGCCAGUGUUUUGUGUAAAACACGUCAAGACAGACUUACAGGUUAAUGUAUCAGAUACCAAUUGCAUCGGGCCACGCCCACAAACUACGAGACCCUGUCACUUUGGAGACUGUUAUAAAUUACAGCAUCUUCCGGAAAUAAAGGAGAGAAAAGGAACCUUUAUUCAAACCAAAAGAACGAAAAGGAUACGCCUUUAUGUUGGAGAGAAGGCCAUUCUUUUGCCUAAUCAGUCUGUGAAAAUUAAAUGCCCGGUGAAAAACUUCCAUAAGAAAUUAAUUUUCUGGACUAAAAACCACCGGUUGAUCCCGUUAGUUGGACGUGUUCGGGUUUCUUCCAACGGUGCUCUAAGAAUAACACGUGCAAAUCCAAAAGUGGACACGGGCAUUUUCACUUGCAGUGCUGGACUACUUCAUGCAACUAUAAACGUGACGUUUCAGUCGAAACGUGAAGCGAAAUUGCAGGCGGAUGAAAUUUUAGAUACGAUAUUCCAUGCAAAUUUUAACGAAAGUAAUUUCCAAGCCGACGGUGCAUUUAAAAUGAAAAAUACAAAAUAUUUACAUAUUAAUUCAAUAGACGAUAGAAGUGCUUAUGACUAUUCUAGUUUUACCACAUCUAACUGGACAGAGUGUUCCGAAAAAUGUGGAUGGGGUACACAAAUGAGAAUAGUCACGUGUAAUCACGUGACAGACAAAUUUAUAAGACUUUUACCGGAUGAAGAAUGUUUAAAAAGAGGUCUGAAAAAGCCUACCUCAGGAAGAAAGUGUAUUAUUGAGCCAGAAUGUCCAUUUUGGACGGCGGGAGAGUGGUCAGAGUGUGCAGACGACAACUGCGAAAAAGUAGGCCAUUCCGUGCAGAAGAGAAUUGUAAAAUGCCGCUAUAAGAAUGGGACGCUGGCUAAAGCAUAUAAAUGUAGCGGGGAACGACCCCCUUACCAACAGCAUUGUAAAAAUCCAAACUGUACAGCAGUAUGGCAGACUUCAAAGUGGUCGGAAUGUACGCCACUGUGCGGCGUCAAGGGACGAAAGUUGCGUACGUUAAGUUGCGUGUGGGUAACAAGCAAACUGCCAGCAUUUGACGUGUGUAGAAAUAAAGCCAAACCAUCUGUCUCAAAACCUUGCAAACCUGCGCCAUGUAGACAUAGCACAUGUGUAGACAGCUCCUCAUACUGUAGCUUAGCCGGACAAUUAAAGAUGUGCAGAUAUCACAAAUUCCGCCGGAAAUGCUGUAAAACAUGCACUAGAGCCAACAUACGCUAGUGCAUGUGUAGAUAGUUUCGCAUACUGUGAUUUAGCCAGACAAAGGUGUGUAGAUAUAAAUUCCACCGGAAAUGACGUAAGCUAGUACAUGUGUAGACGGAUCCGCAUACUGUUAUUGAACCGGACAAAGACUUGUAGAUAACUCAAGUUCCGCCGGAUGUGUUAAAACAUGUUCUAGAAUGAACACUAGCUAGUGCCAUACGAAUAAGUGAUCAUUGUACUUACUGUUAAUUUAAUGUUCAUAAAGAGUAGUGUAAUAUCAGCGUGUGUAAGAUGUACAUAUGUACAUGUACUGAUCUUUUCCAAAAAGGUCAUUCCUUUUAUUUAAGCCAAGUGUAAAUUUGUUGUUUGUUUUUAUAUAAGAGGCCAGUACUGGUUCCUCCCAGUGAGUAUCGGUGAUAUACACUGGACACGUUAAAGAACCAGACCUUUCAAAAAGAGCUAGGCUUACUAAGCUGGACAUGGCUGUGUCUGAAAAAGUAUAGUUUCUGUCUCGAUCUUACUGCUCUGUGUCUGUAUUGGUAGGGGUGUCUGAAAGAUAGGUUUCUGUCUCGAUCUGUCCCUCUGGUCAGAUAGUUCUGUGUCUGUACUGGUAGAGGAGGCAGAGGAUGAACUUGUGACCUGUCCUGAGUGGCUGUCUUUGUAUGUCAAGCACCGUGAACGUGUUUGUACUGAAAGGUGUGCUACAUAAAUCUGGUAUGAUAAUUGUAAUUCAUAAUUUGAAGUUAAUAUACGGCUUGGUUGUACCUGCUUGGCAUAAUGGCACACCUAGUAUCAUAAUUGUGCGAAGGCAUUAUGUCAUUAUGGAUCGAAGUCAAUGACCAGUCUUUUAUUGACCGUUUUAUUAUACACAGUAUCUUCUAUUUUAUCUUGGAAUUUUCAUUUCAUCAUUUUUUCCAUAAUCUUAUAUGCAUCAUUCAUUGAUUGAUUUCGGCAACAAUCCCGUCAGUAUCUGAAAUCGGUCAGCACCCUCUCACUUGACUUAUUGACGUUACUGCAUGACGUUGGCAUCCGAACGCGCCGUCGUUCCGGUUACCCGUGGUCAAUUUGAUUAUGGCGCGUAAGGCACACUGCGCCAUUUUGGAUCUGUCAAAAGCGGCCGCAAUGACCGUAUUCUUUUUGUUACUAUUUAUACAUGUAUAAGGUAUAUAAUACUAUGACAUAAUAAAGCAUGUCUUUGUCAUUUUUCAUUGUUUUUUUUACUUAAAAGCGAUUGAAUUGAUGUUAAGUUAAGUAUUCAAUUAUGAUACGUGGCCGAAAUAUAGACUUAAAAAGUAGCUGCAACAAUGUUUUAAAUAUUUCUUUAAAGCUCCGAUUUUCCAAUACUAAAGAUAUUUAUUCAAACAUUUGUUGUUUUUUUAUUGGAGUAUGACAUCGCAACCAAAAUGAAGCAAUGAAAAACCAAAUUGAGUCUUAAUUGACUGAAAUACAUACGGACUCUGUACUGCAGCAUGUCACUUGCAUUUCGGUUCUCUAGGAUUGUUUAUAAAAUCCAGUUUUGCCUUAAUACGCAUGUUGUGAUUAGGGCAUUGUAUUUCCAUACACACGUCAGGCAAGUAAUAGAAUUAAGGUAUCAGGUGCUAAACACGAGUUUUAGACCUGGCUGCAGCUUGGGAAUCCAGUUUGACAAAUUGAAACUUUCUUUUUCAAUGCCAAUUAUCACGAAACGGCACCAGUUUAGCGGGAUGUUUAAUAGUAGGUUUUUGAUAUGUUAUGGAUAAAGCAUAAAUUAACGACCAAUUCCCAGAUACAUUACAGACUUAACACUUAUAUGACGUGUUUAAUGAUUUUUAACCCUUACCCUGCUAAAUUUCUAUAAUAAACUUAUCCAUCUUUCAGUUUGGACAGUACCAUUAACUGUUGAAAAGGGGUGCUUACCAAAAAGAUACUGACUGAAUAGCGAACAGUGCAGAUCUUGAUCAGACUGCACGGAUGUGCAGGCUGAUCAUGAUCUACACUGGUCGCAAAGGUCCAGCAUGAUAAGGGUUAAUAUGAAAGGUGAUACUGCUAUUUUUACUGCUAACAAUUUCAUUACAUCAAACUACUCUUACAGCUUCGUUCUAGUUGCAUAUGAAAUUUUAAAAGUUUACUGUGUGUUUGAUAAUAAAUAUAUACAUUGAUUUUGUUUAUGUUUGUAUUUAAUUUUCAGAAUGUUGCAGUGAUUAUUUUUGUACUAUAUUAUGUCGCAAUUUUGAACAUUUAAACACUGUUAGUUCCUUGUUUUAAUAUGUUGACACCUUAAAGUGUGUUUCGUUGUUGAACUUUGUAGUCAGUUUCAUGGUUGAAUAUUUUAACACUUAGUAGUGAGUUACCAUGCUUAACCAUUUAAACACAUCACCGCCGGUUAGAUGUUUUAACAAUUGAACACUAGAGCUUUACGUCAAACUGCACACUUUAGAAAGGUAUUUUCGAAAUUUGUCAGAAUGCAUAAAAAGCAGGGGUUUUCUGUAUUGAAAUGUGCUGUAUAUGAAGGGUUUCACAAUGGCUGAGAUGCCAAUCGUUUAGUCCAGAGUUCUCGAUUCAUAUUCACUGCGGAACGGCAUUGCCUCCUAUUUAGACACAAGGGGUGCGUUUAAUAAAAGUUAGAAAAACAUCUGUCAAAAAUACGGCUUGAGGGUAAAUCUGAGUUAGAAACUGUGUGGUUCAAGCAAAGUCCUAACUCAGUCAGCACACAAAUAUGUGUAUAUAUUUCUGGAACAAAUUUAAAGUGAAGGAAUAGCCAUGCCGCGUAAAUUCUUUUGUGUAACAAGUUGAGAAAAGUUUGUACAGAAUGCGAAGUUUCAUCAGUCUUCUUAAAAAACUAUGAUUUUAUACAUUCAAACCUACAUUUGCACCCCGUCGGUAUUUUGGCAUUUUCUUUCAUAUUAUCACUGACAACUUUCUUGAAGUGUAGAAAUACUUCGCUCGAAAGUACCAAAAGUGACUUGUAUUUGCAUCUUGUAUUAAAUUCAAAGUCAACUUACAAAUGCAUAAUGUUUAAACUGGGAACGAAUUAGUGGUCUUAGGAACAGAUGGUUUCCGUAUCUGUCCCCUGUCUGUUCCCACUGAUCUUUCACGUACAUUUGUUAUGCUUCAUCACUAAAAUACGAUAUUCAUUACAGCUAGAAUGGACGCAACUUAAAUAAUAUCACUUUUGUGGGUUUUAUUAGAAAAAUAAAAAUGUGUAAAAAUACUGUUCAUGUGACUUUAUUUGUUUAGUUCUACGGAACCACAUUUUGAUUAAAUUGUGCCUUGUAUAUAUUAAAAUAUAUAUUUUAAUGACUUAAUAAUUUUUCUAAUAAAUUGUAUAGAAACUGC